UUUUCAUGGAGUCCUCGACGACGACAUGCUGGUACAAGUGAAGUGAACAUUUAUCGAGUAAAAACUAUUCCCAUGUCGUUAGCUUUGACAGGAAAUCCUGUCCGAAAUGUUAUGAAAACUGAACGUUACUUAGUGUAUAAUUGUUUUUGUACGAUUAAGCCUUCUGUAGUGCUGAACUGAUCUGUACUGUGUAGAUAAUCUACAAUUUGAAAUAAGCUGAAACCUGCUUGUUUUGGUCUGCCUCUUUUGGAUACCAAGAUGGGAUUUUUUGAUAAACUGGCAAAAUUAAUGGGAUUGUCGAAGAAGGAGGCAAAACUACUGGUAAUAGGAUUGGACAACAGCGGUAAAACUACGAUUUUAGAUAAACUGAAACCAGAGGAAAAACGGUCUGGAGAUGUUGCUCCCACUGUUGGUUUCAAUGUGGAAAGGUUUAAGAACAAAUUCCUACAAUUUACGGCAUUCGAUAUGUCAGGACAGGGGCGGUACAGGAACAUAUGGGAGCACUAUUUCAAGGACUGUGACGGAAUCAUUUUUGUGAUUGACAGUUGUGACAAACUGAGAAUGACUGUGGCAAAAGAUGAAUUAGAUCAAGUUCUGCAAAAUAAAGAUAUCAAGGAUAAACGGAUACCAAUUUUAUUCUUUGCAAACAAGAUGGACUUGCGAGAUGCCAUGUCAAGUGUCAGAUGUACAUUAUUAUUGGAUUUGGAAAAUAUACAAAACCACCCAUGGCAUAUAUGUGCAAGUAAUGCUAUAACAGGGGAAGGGUUGCAGGAAGGAUUUGACUGGCUGACACAGGAAAUAAAAAGUAAUAUGGGCACAAAAUGAGAUGGUUUCGAAAUAUUCCAAUACACUAUCGUACACUUUUGACAUUUCUCACAAAGGAAUCAAUGUGGAUAUCUAUAUGAGGAAACUUAAUGAAGCAUGUGAAUUGAAAGACUUGUCAGAAUCCCAAAUUAAUUCUAUGUAUAGUAAGCAAAUGAAACUUAAGUAUUCAAAUAACUACAGCACAGAUAACAUUGGUAUAUUUGAAAGAAAAUGCCUUUGAUUUUGUAAUGAAAUUUAUGAGUUUAUUUUUCAUGACCAAAUAGUUAAGAUUGGAAACUUACAGUCAAUCUGUCAAAAAUUUCCCUUGAAUCUGAACAUGGGAGCUAGUAGUUAUAUAUAUCUAACUUCAAGUAUAAAUUUAAGUAAUGUCUGAAAUGUAGAACUACCUCUUUUAAUUAUGUUUAUAGCGUUGCACUGUUAUUGACGGCCAAUAAAUGCAAGUUACGUUUUACUUUCACUGUCAUUACAACAUAAAGUUUAGAUAUAAUUUAGUGACUGUUUUUUUUUUACAUUUGAAUUUUUAUACUGUGUCACAUUUUGGAUUGAAAAUGACAUCUUUGCUGUAUUGCAUACCAACUUUUUCUUGGCUUGAAAAACUUGUUGUCUUUUCAAAAUCUAUGGCCCUAGAAAAUACAUUUGUAGAAACUUUUUAUUUUUUCACUGAUUGGUAAUAUAAUGUAUGUACAUUUGUACACUGUCAUAUUUGACAAAAGAUGAUCCUGUAUUUUAUGUUACUCAUGCUAUUUUUGUUAUAAAUGACUUUCCCUUUUCAUAGACUGGCUUGUGUUUCAUCCUGAAAUUACUAUAGCUGUUGAUAGGACAUUAAACAACACAGAACCAAACCAUGGCUGGUUGUAUAUGAGUCUGAGAGGAAGGCUAUACAUGUUUUGUUGACACUGUCACAUAGCCACAAAUAGUAUGAGUUUCCUCUAGCCCUGAUACCAGACUUUGACAUUCAGACAUUUAAUAUAAUAAUCAUCUAUUUCUGUCAAAAUGUCCCAAGUCUGUGGUGUCGGGGCCAGAACUCCUGAGGCUGCACAGGAAACAACAGCUGUUAAGAAUAUUUAUGAUGACAGCUGCACAGUUCAUGAUCAGUGAACAAAUGCAAAAGAGUCGAAAAGGGAAUUAUCGACUAGUUCCAAUCCCCCUGAUAUAUAUUCAAGUACAUUCCUGGUGAAAUUGAUAUAAUCAAGGGUGAUUGUCACCAGAAAUAAAUAAUACAAUGGUCAUCAUUUAAUGAUAAGAAAUACAUGUACUAGUUUUGGAGCAGAUGCAUCUUUUUUAAGCCCAUGCCAGGAUACAUGUGUUAAUACAUGUUAUAAAAAUAACGAUUAGUUUUGUUUAUACUAGAUAGUCUAUUGAGCUUAUGGCUUGUCUUCAUAUGGUCAAGACUAUUCUUAACAUAUAUAUGACAUUUACAAAUAUGUAUUGAAGUAAAAUGUACUGGUACCUAAAUGCAACCAUGUAUGUGUGGAAAUGAAAAACCACAGGCAUAGAAAAAUAUAUUGGCCCCCUAUUACUACUAUAUGAUUAUCAACAAAACUUGAAGAUCAGACGAUGCAUUGUCUGUGGAACGUAAGUAUAUUGAUUGGUCGACAGUUGUAGUUAGUAUUGUUUACAGAUCUAGAGCUGUCCACCAAUCAGAUUUCCCCUUGCAUAUACUGCUCUAAAAUAUACAGACUGCUUAAAUUAAUAAGCUUGCAUUCCACAUGUACAGUCUAUGCAGCUCGUCAGCUGAAAGGCCGUAAUAGCGGACAUAAAACCUGUUACAUAAGAAUUAUCGUUCUGUAAUUAAUGUCAUAUUUUAUUGUCAUUGUUUUAAUUACAAAUUAUUCAAGAAUGAAAAAUUUAAUUCAAAGUAGUAUCCAUUAGGAUAAGCUUAUGAAGAUAUAAUACUGGAAAUGUAGAAUUAACUUAAAAAGAUAAAAUGUGAUAAGGCCACAAUUUGUGAUUUGUUUACUGUCUUUAGAUUGUAAACAUGUCUGUCAGUUUUAAAGCUGGUAUAGUAAGGACAAUGUCUAUCAGUUUUAAGCUGAUGUAGUAAGGACGUAGUGUACACAUGUCCAUUUGACAUGUAUUAAUAGAUUAUCUACAUAAUUUUAAUAUAUUAUCAUGAUUGGAGACAUAAUCAUACAAAUGCAUAUUAAAAAAAUGAACAUUUUGAAUGUUGUUCAAAUGUAUAUUAAAAAAAUGAACACAUAUGGUAUAUGUUGUACAAAUGUAUAUUUAAAAAAAAAUGAACAUGUUGAAUGCCUAGCUAUAAUUGCCUAUAUAUAUAUAGCCACCCAUGUCUGACAGCAACUUACUGUACAUUAAGUUAGAUACAUGUUUUAUCAGUAUUUAUCUUUUGCAAGGAAAUUUAGCACAUUUUAAUUCUGAUGUCCGAGAAAUAUUAUCUGGAACUGUUCGCAUUGAACAUUUAUCAUUAGCACUGAUAUUUGUUGUGUAUGCGUAAAAAAAGUGUUAUGGAGCUGCUAGCCCUGACCUGAAACCACUAUAGCUAACCCUGGAUGUCGGGCUAGUGGAAUUUUACACCCUUGAUCAAGCUCUUCAGUUAGACGUGGAAUUCUCACUGUGUGGUUGACACUGACUGAAAUGUAGCAUACAUUUUACAUGAACAUGUAUAUUAAGUGCUGUAUGCUUAUAUACAGGUAAUUACUCCAUUAAGAAAUGGUUAAAUUAUAUAUGUUGGGUUAGAAAAUUGAUGCUAAGAUUUAAGUAAAAAUAUAUAUUGAUAAACAGUCUCCAGCUGUCAUGAAGAACAUUAUAAGAAAAAUGAAGAUAGAAUAGUGGUACAUGUGAGAACUGACCCACUGAUGUCAUGUAUUGUUGUAUUUUAUUGUUGGUGUUGGUGUAAAUUGUUUUGUUGUGAUCAUGUACAUCCGUCCAUUCCUCAAAGUGGUGAUUGUACAUUACCAUGAUAAUGUUAUAAAUAUGAUCUAAUCAUUCAUUAUCACAAACAAUUUAAGAUUUUUUUUUUAAUAAUAUCAGAAAAUUUAUUCAUUAAUAGUUUUUAAAUCUAUAUAUCCUGAAAAUUCACAUAUCAACAUUUUCCUAUAAGCCACAAGGUUUAAUUGAUCUUAUGAACUUUCAGUCAUUGGGCAAGAGUCAAAAUCAAUAUUCUAUACAUCAAACAAAAGUGAUUGGUCCAUUUGAGCUGAAAACUAUUCUGAUUUAUUUACCUGUGUAAAGCUUAUAAUUAAUGAUAACAGAGAUACCUGGACAAGCAUCUUGCUAGAUUUUCUCAAAUAAUUUGUCCAAAUAUUAGGUUUACAGGUUUUUACACCCUCUGUACAACCUCAAGUUAAUCACCUUUUUUGAUUUUAUGUACUAUUACAAUGUAAUUAUAUGUACAUGUUGUUAAAGUGCAAGUGUUAUUUAUGAUUUUACAACUGAUCCAACUUUCAUUACUAAUGAAAAUUGAUUACAUGUAUAUUUACUGAUACCUGAUAAACAUGGUACAAUCUGUACCACAACACAAACGUUUGAGAAACUGUGCAACAAUAAAUAUCACAAAUUACACCUCC